AUGUCUCGCCCGUCAAGUCAGCACCGUGUUUCCGUCGGCUCUACUGCUACGAGUCUACCGCAUCGAAGUCCCUACAAUCGAACGCACUCGUACAAUGCAUCGGCCGGCUCAUUGGCGGGCUCCAACCGCAUCAGUCGGAGGAAAAGCUCGACGUUCUCGCCUGCAGCCCAUCAGGCUGUGCUGAGCUCUGCAAUGGAGCACGCGGUGGCAGAAGGCUCUGUGCCUGGCAACAGGAGGAGUUCGAUGUCGAGGACGGCAUUGGCGGCGUUGAACGACGGUGGGCAUCCGAGCAGUUUGCCUCAGCAGGGUUCAAUGCCCGAAAGAGACACGAAUAGUGCUGUGACGGACGGACCUUCGUUGUCGUCGUUCCAGGGCGUUGAUCGGGCGAAGGCACGGAUGCGAAGAGCGAGCGACGGGACGCGUCUGACGAAGAAGGAGAAGGCGGCUACCGGCGAUCUCAAAUGGGAACACACGCCUCAAUGGCAGCAAACCUCCAAAUUCCUCAUAUCGAAGCACCAACAGGUGCAAAUGCUCGAAGCCGCCUCCGUCCUCGUGGCCAUGACCGGCGAAGCUCCCGGCACAACCGACAGCGACAACUCCUCCUCCCCCGCCGCCUCGGGCUCUUCGGAGCGCGACGACGAGCCCAGCUCCGCGGAGACCACGCCCCCGCCGCACGCAGACAUGGCAGCGUACCGGGACAGUAAAAGGUACAGCGGGACGAGCAGCGCGUACUCGCGCUCCUACCAAUCCGUCUUCUCGGAAAGCGCGCCGAAUGAACACGGCUUCGGACACCAUCGAGGCUGGAGUUCGUCGAGUAACCGUCCCUUAACGGCCGCGACCUCUAUCGCGGAAAGCUACAAGGACGAAGACCCAGCAGAUUUGGCAGCGGCAGUGGGCCUGCUGAGUUGCAGCUGGGGCACGCCGAACCAGCGCGCAGCGAACUUGCCAAACGAUAUCCCGCCUGUCCCGCCUUUGCCGGAGAAAUACGCAAAUUUCUCCUCGUACAGACGACAAACCGACGUCGAGAUGGAGGACGAUGAUGAGAGCUCGGACGACGAGCCCCCUCAGCGCAUGCAGCCGAAUGACGAGGAUGUGGAGAUGUUUGGGAAAAUGGACGCGUGA